AGCGGCCAGUUUCAUUCGGUCAUCGGAAGAGUUCAGACUUACCUUUCGACUGCCAGGACGAUCCGUUUGUGUGCUUUAUAAAACUACAAAUUCUGCUUUUGUUCAAGUAUUAUUACAGCGACACUGGUCCACAGGGAGACAAAGUGGAAAUCUGUAUCGUCGUGUAUCAGUAGAUCGCUCUGUGAGGAAAAGGGAAAAGUUAUAUUUGGAAUAGAUCCCCGCCAGUAGCGGUGCGGUGUACCGUGUGAACAGUGGUUUCCAAAGUUGAUCAAUUUCGAAGUGAAGUUAUUAAGCGCAGUUGGGAAACUUUCUGCUGAAGGAUAUUUUUUGCAUUAUUGUUCGAGAACUAUCCACGGACAAUUCGUACCGGGUGUGAGUCGCAGAGAAAAAGUGUAAAUUAUAAAGUGACUGUUCAGUUUUCGUUUUGCGGUGAAAUUUAGUUUUACUUUCAUAUUUUGAUUUUAGUUUAAAACACUUAAAAUCGUAAUAGUAACUGUUGUUUUAACAAAGUUUUCACGUUUAAUUGUUAUAAAAUAUUUCUCAUUGUGCACAUUAAACGUUAUUGAUAAUCGGAAAGGUUACAAACCAGACAAAAGGUGAUCUAGAACCGCUGUCUUCCUCUGAGUUUAAACGAUCAUUCCCCAAACAAGUGAAUAAGUGAUUGAAGAUUCAGAACAGUGAUCCUUAGAACUGAAAAGUCUAGUGAAAGGUUCAUUCGUGUGGUCUUAAAUUUGUGAGUGCAAGCAAACCAAUAUCAGUGAAUCCAAGCAGUCGCCUACAGUGUUGAACAGUCUUCAAAAACUUGCGCAUCCUUCAAAUAUCAACCGUUGAAUUACUGUCUCGCUCUGCGAGUAGAAUGGCUCCACCCAAUAAUGAGCUAUCAUCGCAAGUGAUUGUGCCACCCCGUGAAUCGAUCGAGCGACGGCAGCAGCAGCAGCAGGAUGAGGUCCUCCACCAGCAACAGCCAACAAAACCGGCUAUGGAUUGGGAAGCACCAGCAGCACAAGGUCUUUAUGAUCCACAAAACGAGCACGAGGCCUGCGGCGUAGGCUUCAUCGUUUCGAUCGAGGGAAAAGCCAGCCAUAAGAUUUUACGUGAUGCCCAUACGCUUGCCAUCCGCAUGAACCAUCGCGGAGCUUGCGCCUGUGAUAACGAUACCGGUGAUGGCGCUGGCGUCUGUGUGUCGAUCCCGCAUGACCUGUACGCCAAGGAACUAGCAUCCCGUGGCGUACAGUUACCCGCGUUGGGUCGUUAUGCAACCGGUAUCUUUUAUCUUGAUAAACAUUCUCACCUGGAAGCCAAAAAGGACUUCAACUCGCUGGCCGAGAGCCUCGGAAUACAGGUGAUUUGUUGGCGUGAUGUUCCGACUAAUCAGGAAGCUGUCGGUGCCGUUGCUCGUAAGAGUGAACCGAUGUCGCAACAAGUGUUCGUUACGGCUGAUGUCGACGACGAUACGUUCAAGCGGCAGGUGUUCGUUUUGCGCAAGCGUGCCACCCAUGAGUUGCCGCGUUCAGGACGCCGCUUCUACAUCUGUUCCCUGUCGACAAAGACCAUUGUUUACAAAGGUUUGUUCACCUCGGACCAAAUCUGGGAAUACUAUCUCGAUCUAAAGAAUCCCGAUUUCACCACUUAUUUGGCACUGGUUCACACCCGCUUCAGUACCAAUACGUUCCCGUCUUGGGAACGAGCUCAUCCGUUGCGUGUUUUGGCCCACAAUGGGGAAAUCAAUACGCUUCGUGGCAAUGUUAAUUUCAUGAAAGCACGCGAGGGUGUCAUGAAGAGUGAGCUAUUCGGCGAUGAACUGAAGAACCUGUACCCAGUAGUUGAGCCGAACCUGUCCGAUUCCGGUUCGUGCGACUGCGUGCUUGAAUUUUUGACUCAAGUCGGAAAUCGAUCAUUGCCUGAGGCUGUAAUGACUAUGGUACCGGAGGCGUGGCAAAACGACCGUACUAUGUCACAAGAAAAACGAGAUUUCUACCAUUGGUCGGCAUGUGUAAUGGAACCCUGGGAUGGACCAGCGUUGAUCUCGUUCACCGAUGGGCGCUAUAUUGGUGCCAUUUUGGAUCGUAACGGUCUACGUCCGUCCCGAUUUUAUGUGACCCGCGAUAACCACCUGAUCAUGGCUUCGGAAGUUGGUGUUUAUGACGUUGAUCCUAAAGACGUUACUCUCAAGAGUCGUCUCAAGCCAGGCCGUAUGCUGUUGGUGGACACCGAACAAAAGUCACUUAUUCAGGACAUUGAACUUAAAUCCCAAAUAGCAAGAUCACGCCCGCACUCCGAAUGGCUUCAAGAUCAGAUCACGAUGGAAACAAUUCGGCGAGAGGCUGCUGAGAUGAACGGCUGUACCGAUUUGAGCAACUAUCAACCAGAUGAGAACCAUUGUGGAUUGAUGGAUCCUAGGCUACAGCUGUACGGUUAUACUACUGAAACGGUUCACAUGCUGCUUCUACCGAUGAUCAAGAACAAGAAGGAGGCUCUCGGCUCCAUGGGCAAUGACGCACCACUUGCUUGCCUUUCUGCAUUCCAACCCUUGCCGUACGAGUACUUUAAGCAACUAUUCGCCCAAGUCACGAACCCACCAAUUGAUCCAUUUCGUGAAAAAAACAUCAUGUCGCUUCAGUGCCCGAUUGGUCCGGAAGCUAACCUGCUGGCUGCGUCCCCCUCGCAGGUACAUCGCAUCUGGUUAGAUAAUCCUAUCCUAAGCAUUCCGGAUGUUGAAAUCCUUAAACGCAACCAGCAUCGUGGAUGGAAAACUAAGGUUAUCGAUAUUACAUUCCCAGCUGAAGAGGGGUCUGAAGGUUAUAUCGUGGCAUUGCGUCGCAUCAGUGCCGAAGCCGUGAGUGCUGCCAAGAGCGGCUACCAAUUGCUAGUCCUCUCGGAUCGGAUUGCUGGUCAGGAGCGUGCGCCUAUCUCGGCACUGCUCGCACUAGGAUCCGUUCAUCAUCAUCUGAUCGAGUCGCGUCAACGCAUGAAAGUUGGCUUAAUAGUGGAGACAGCAGAGGCUCGAGAAGUUCAUCAUUUUUGUGUACUUCUAGGGUAUGGUGCAGAUGCUAUCUGUCCGUAUUUGGUCUUCGAAUUAGCCGAGGCUCUUCGUGACGAAACCGUUCUUGACCCAAGCUUGACCAAUGAAGCGAUAUACAAUGCUUACGCCCAAGCUGUCGAGACCGGAAUUCUUAAGGUGAUGGCAAAGAUGGGAAUAUCGACGCUUCAAUCUUACAAAGGUGCCCAGAUUUUCGAAGCCGUUGGAAUUGGCGCCGAUGUGAUUGACUAUUGCUUCCGAGGAACUCAGUCGCGAAUUGGAGGUGUGAACCUUGAAGUACUAGCACAAGAAGGACUUCAACGCCACGCUAUGGUAUACGGAAAUCAGAACAUCGACAGUAAGAUUCUACGUAAUCCAGGUCAAUUCCACUGGAGAGCUGGUGGCGAAGGCCACAUUAACGAACCAGCAGCAAUAGCUGCUCUUCAAGAAGCAUCGGUAAACGAAAAUAAGGGAGCAUACGCAGUGUUCCGCGAUACAACGAUGAAGAGUGUUGAGAAAUGCGCUUUACGAGGUCAGCUUGAGUUAGUGAAGGGCCGCCCAAAGAUCGACAUCUCCGAAGUAGAACCAGCGAGCGAGAUUGUUAAAAGAUUUGCAACCGGUGCCAUGAGUUUUGGAAGUAUUUCGCUUGAGGCGCACUCAACGCUAGCAGUAACUAUGAAUCGCAUUGGAGGCAAAAGUAACACUGGUGAGGGUGGUGAAGAUGCUGAUCGCUAUUUGAAUCAAGAUCCCAACCAUAACAAACGUUCUGCUAUUAAGCAGGUCGCUUCAGGUCGUUUUGGUGUUACGGCUGCUUACAUAGCCAAUGCGGAUGAUCUUCAAAUCAAGAUGGCCCAAGGUGCCAAACCUGGUGAGGGUGGCGAGCUUCCAGGGUAUAAGGUUACAAAGGGAAUUGCAAAGACACGCCACUCGGUUGCAGGAGUAGGCCUCAUUUCACCUCCACCUCAUCAUGACAUUUACUCGAUCGAAGAUUUGGCCGAGCUUAUUUACGAUUUAAAAUGUGCCAACCCGCGGGCUCGCAUAAGUGUAAAGCUGGUAUCGGAAGUUGGAGUCGGUGUGGUAGCAUCUGGAGUGGCUAAAGGCAAAGCUGAACAUAUUGUAAUAUCCGGACACGACGGUGGUACCGGCGCUAGCUCAUGGACUGGCAUCAAGUCAGCUGGGUUACCGUGGGAGCUGGGUGUUGCCGAAACACAUCAGGUGUUGGUUCUGAAUAAUCUGCGAUCGAGGGUGGUUGUCCAAGCUGACGGUCAGUUGCGUACCGGUUUCGACGUUGUGGUAGCCGCCAUACUCGGGGCUGAUGAGUUUGGAUUCAGCACGGCCCCUCUCAUUGUCAUGGGCUGUACGAUGAUGCGCAAAUGCCAUCUAAAUACAUGUCCAGUCGGCAUUGCUACCCAAGACCCAGUACUGCGGGCCAAGUUCACCGGAAAACCUGAACAUGUCAUCAAUUAUUUCUUUAUGCUGGCUGAAGAGAUUCGUGAAAUAAUGGCAAGUUUGGGUAUGCGCAAAUUCCAAGAAUUGAUUGGUCGUACGGAUUUGCUAAAGGUUCGUAAGGACCUCACAAAUAAAGCCAGCAUGCUGGAUCUCCAAAUGUUAUUGAAGAGCGCUUUGGAUCUCCGCCCUGGUACUAACAUUAUUGGUGGGUCAGUAAAGCAGGACUUUACUCUGGCCGAACGCGCCGACAGCUAUUUAAUCGAAAAAUCUCAAGGUGUUCUCGCCGGUACUGAAGAGUCUAUUACUUUUGACAUGAAAAUUAAAAAUGAAGAGCGUGCUUUCACCAGUACUCUAAGCUAUGAAAUCGCUCGUAAGUAUGGCGAUUCUGGUCUACCAGAAGGUCGUUCGAUAAACAUAAAUUUGACUGGAUCAGCGGGUCAAAGCUUCGGUGCCUUCUUGGCGAAAGGAGUUUACCUUAACUUGGUCGGAGAUGCCAACGACUAUGUUGGCAAAAGUUUGUCCGGAGGCAGCAUCAUAAUUCGACCACCUGAAGAAUCACCCUUCGAAUCGCACCUCAAUGUAAUUGUCGGUAAUGUUUGUUUAUAUGGUGCAACUUCUGGAAGAGCAUUUUUCCGGGGUAUCGCUGCAGAACGAUUCUGCGUGCGCAACUCAGGAGCUACAGCUGUAGUCGAGGGUGUUGGUGAUCAUGGUUGCGAAUAUAUGACAGGAGGUUUGGUAUUGAUCCUGGGGCUGACAGGGCGAAAUUUCGCCGCUGGUAUGUCAGGUGGUAUCGCCUACGUUCUGGAUACUGAUGGUACUUUCCGCUCCAAAGUCAACCCGGGAAUGGUUGAACUGCUAGGGCUGGACUUAGAUGAGGAUCGUCUGACAGUUAAAAAUCUUCUGGAAGAAUUUGUGGAGAAGACUGAUUCAGUCGUUGCUAAAGAAUUGUUGUCGAUAUGGCCUGAACCUUGCCAGCAGUUCGUAAAAGUGUUCCCAUACGAAUACCAAAAGGCAUUGAAGGCGCAGAAAGAGGAAUUAUUGUUGCAGAAAGAACUCAAUGUCCUAACUAAUGGAACUCCGAAACAUGAACCGAAGGUCAAAGAUAUUGAAGAAUCUAUCCAAGAUGCUGCUUUAGCCAAGAAAAAGUUAGACCAAAUCCUGGACAAAACUCGUGGUUUUAUCAAGUACAAGCGAGAGACUUCAGUGUAUCGUAAUGCAGCCGAGCGCCAGAAGGAUUGGAAGGAGGUAUAUAAUUUCCCUCACGUACGCAACAAUCUUAAGAUGCAAGCAGCUCGCUGCAUGGAGUGUGGUGUUCCAUUUUGUCAAUCUAACUCCCAUGGUUGCCCUCUAGGCAACAUAAUCCCCAAGUGGAACGAUCUAGUCUUCAACGGUAGCUGGAAGGAAGCUAUUAAUCAACUGCUUCAAACCAAUAACUUCCCGGAGUUCACAGGACGAGUAUGUCCAGCUCCUUGUGAAGGUGCUUGUGUUCUGGGUAUUUCUGAGCCAGCAGUUACGAUCAAAAAUAUAGAGUGUGCCAUUAUUGAUCAUGCAUUUGAACAGGGUUGGAUAACACCCCAAAUUCCAGCAAUUAGAACGGGUAAGCGUAUUGCAAUUAUUGGAUCCGGUCCAGCUGGUCUGGCCGCAGCUGAGCAGCUAAACAAAGCGGGUCAUUUGGUCACGGUAUACGAACGAAAUGAUCGCCCGGGAGGCCUUCUACAGUAUGGUAUUCCUACGAUGAAGUUGUCUAAAGAUGUCGUAAAGCGUCGUAUUAAUUUGAUGAUUGACGAAGGAGUAAUGUUUAAAUGCAACGUUCACAUUGGUAAAGAUUUGAUGGCAUCCCAAUUGGAAAAGGAGUACGACGCUGUUCUUUUUACGACGGGUGCAACAUGGCCACGUGAUCUGAACUUACCCAACAGAAAUCUUAAAGGUAUCCAUUUUGCGAUGGAGUUUUUGGAAGCGAGCCAGAAAAAACUUCUUGGAACCAAUCCAACAUGGAUUUCUGCUGAAGGAAAGCACGUCAUUGUUAUUGGAGGAGGUGACACAGGAUGCGAUUGCAUUGCUACUUCUUUGCGACAGGGUGCCAAGACUAUUACCACGUUUGAAAUUUUGCCAAAUCCCCCGGAGAAACGAGCCCACGAUAACCCCUGGCCGCAGUGGCCGAAGAUAUUCCGCGUUGACUACGGCCAUGAGGAGGUUCGUGUAAAAUGGGGCAAAGAUCCACGUCAAUAUAGCACAACCACAAAGGAAUUCGUUAGCGACGGAGACGGUCACAUAAAGGGAGUUAACACUGUACAGGUUGAGUGGACUCAAAGCCCAACUGGGCAAUGGAAAAUGGCUGAAGUCCCUGGAUCUGAAAAAUAUUACCCGGCAGACCUCAUUUUGCUGGCAAUGGGUUUCCUGGGCCCCGAGAAAGUUGCCCCCACAGAAAUGAAUAUUGAGCUGGACGGCAGAGGAAACAUCAAAACUUCGGUGGGCACAUACGGAACAGCCAAUCCAAAAGUAUUUGCUGCCGGUGACUGCCGCCGAGGGCAAUCGCUGGUCGUUUGGGCAAUCUCCGAAGGACGACAAGCGGCUCGUCAAAUUGAUACCUAUUUGAUAGGUGAACCAAGUUCACUCCCAGGCCCUGGAGGUGUUGUAGAUUCGACGCGAUCUCCAUAAAUCUCUUAACAUUUAAUUGCAUAGCAGAACUUUGACUAACAUGAGACACUGAACUAGCAUAUACUGAAAGUUUCGUUAGUGUUAGUCGCAGAUGAGACUUUUCAACAUUCAACAGAAGAAACUAAUAACAGGUUUACAACCACAUAUGGUACAGAACGUUCUAUACGUCCAGCUGGUUCGAUGCGAGCCGGAAGUAGAUGGAAGUGAAACAGUUCUAGUGAUUUUCAUACGUUUCUGUUAGUUUCGUAGAAAUUGAUUAUUUUCACCGUUAUAUGUACAAUCAAGCAUAAAUCGAUUAUUUACUACAACUCAUCAUUUAGUUUUAUUUUACUUCACAACUUCAUUGUAUUAUCAUUAAACGCUAAUUCUGCUUAGUAAUGAUGAAUAAAUGUUUAUUUCACUAUUUGUAUAAACAUCCACCAAAAACUUGUAAUUAUCAUUUAAUUAUAGUUCAAGGAAAUAACGUUCUGUGAUGUCACGUUUUCUGUAAGAACCAACCACGUUGCCAAUUAGAAAGUGACAGCCCUAAACCAGAAGAUGCAACAUAUCUGUGUUAUUAUUGUCAUUUUACGAGACAAAAAGUGAAAUUUUUAAUCAUGUUGAUUAGUCGCUAGCACGGUUAUUCUGUUGGAAAUACAGUUUCACUAAUCUGCUGCUUUUUGUAUUUUGAUUUCCAUUCGACUCUCUUGGUUCCAUCAUUUUAUCAUACAUAUAUCGUAUCUUUUUGACUCAUCGUACUGGUUUGAGUUAUCACAUUACAUUCAAACAAUCAUUCCAUCCGAUUUCAGGAACAUGGUAAAACAGUACAACUCCUACCUUCUUAAUGGUAUAUACCUCGUACCCAACCACCGGAUAUCUGUUUGACCAUAUACCUAUCCCACAAUUUUACACCAAAAAUUAUCAAAUUGUUUCACAAACUCCUCUGAGUUUAAACCUAUCACACAAGCUAUAAGCGAAUGUACGCAGAGUAAAAAGUCAAUUAAUCGAUGACAUACACUAUGGGGUGACUUAUUUUACAGACAAGUUUCAAAAUGUUCCGACACCUGUGGCAGGUACUGUUUACGUGUAUCGACAAUAAUUAGAAAACUAAUAUUUGUGAAUUUACAAAACUAUACUAUAUAUUACAAAAUUAUGGAUUCUCUACUAGGAGGCAGUUCCCAUACUAAUGUAGAAUGGAGCUAAUAAAAAGAAAGUGUCCCUCAUCUAACGAAAGUUGACUGUAGUGUUCCCCGACUAGUUCGUCAUUGUAACCCAUCUGUACUCGAACUGCAUGUUAAGUUAAAUGUUUGACGAAUAUAUGUUAUCGAAAAUAUGCCUGUUCCAUCAAAUUAAACGAGGAUAGAAUGUUCGACACUGUUGAAGUGCGCAAAAUAUGUACUUAGCAAAUAUUUACAAACAAUAUACAACGCUAAAAAUAUAACAAAAGAGAAAAAUGUCAAAUCACAUACAAUUUUUUUCAUGCACCCCAUCCCAUGUACAAUAGAUUGCAAAUCAUCAAAUAUUACAGUAUACAGUUUGAAACGAACGCAUGGGUCAAAUGCUCAAAACCAUAAGACUGCUGCUGAACAGCAUACUGGAGCCAUCGAGGAAAUACAACCUAAACCCGUUAAAUUGCAUAUUCACUCAAAACUUCAGUUUCACUGAAUAAAAUCGCCAUGUAUAUUAUUUAAAAUACAAAACAAAUAUCUGCUUGGAGUUGUUCAAUAAAUGUCAAAUGUUAUUCGA